ACUGUACGAAGCCGAACUGACGUAGCCGAUUGCUUUCUCCUUCCGGCGCAUCGCAUGUUCGCGUUUCCGGAGACGACCGUGAGGAGCUCGCGUAGUCUCGCGAGAGGCGGGAAAGGCGCAGGGUUUGAAAGAUGGCGGACGACGUGGACCAGCAACAAACUACCAACACCGUAGAAGAGCCCCUGGAUCUCAUCAGGCUCAGCCUGGAUGAGCGAAUUUAUGUGAAAAUGAGAAAUGACCGAGAGCUUCGAGGCAGAUUACAUGCAUAUGAUCAGCAUUUAAAUAUGAUAUUGGGAGAUGUGGAAGAAACUGUGACUACUAUAGAAAUUGAUGAAGAAACAUAUGAAGAGAUAUAUAAAUCAACAAAACGGAAUAUUCCGAUGCUUUUUGUCCGGGGAGAUGGUGUUGUACUAGUUGCUCCUCCAUUAAGAGUUGGCUGAAACAAAGAAUUUAUCGUGUAUGGAAUAUAGGAGAUUUUGUAUGAUUGCCUCUUUAAAUGUAGAAGACAUCCAAAAGAGAAACCUGCGUUCAUUUUGAUAUUAAGAAAUGACCAAGGAUUCUUCCACUCCUGAAUUGAGUUGAUUUGCAGAUAACUCAAAAAUUCUUAAGCUAAAGGGCAUUUUAAUUUUUUUCCAACUCUUUCAAUAAAUGUGAUCACCAGGAUGCAGAACUCUUUGUUCAGGAAUUCAUUUGCUCUGUUGUUUUCUCAGACAAUUUCUGAUAUUUUUUUCCUUUAAAUUAAAUUUCAUGUUUCCUUUUUUAAUUUUUUUUAA